UUAUUACCCAUUUUUUUCAUUCCUGUUCUCAGUCCUGUUCGAAUCCCAGCCACACGACCGUUCUCACGCGGCCACGCCAACUAUACUUUGAAAAACACCUGAUCAAAGAUAAGGCAUAGUUGCAGAGGAGAGAAGCGAUGGGAACCGUUAUCGAUUCCCAUUUCUUAGCUCUCACAGCCAUUGUCACUGUGGGUUAUCAGUUUUUGUUCUUCAUUAUCACAGCUCUUCUCAAGUUCGAUAAAGUCACUGACUUCGCUGGAAGCACGAACUUUGUUAUACUUGCUGUGUUAACUUUGGUCUUGAAAGGAACGUGGCAUUUUAGACAGGUAGUUUUGACCUUGCUUGUAGUAAUAUGGGGCCUUCGACUGGGAAUUUUUCUGUUAAUGAGGAUUUUGCAAUGGGGUGAGGAUAGGCGCUUUGAUGAAAUGCGCAGUAAUUUGGGGAAAUUGGCAGUUUUCUGGACAUUUCAGGCUGUCUGGGUAUGGACUGUGAGUUUACCUGUGACAAUAGUUAAUGCUAGUGGCAGAGAUCCAUCUCUUCAAGCUGCAGACAUAAUUGGUUGGAUUAUGUGGUCAGUGGGAAUUACAAUUGAAGCUUCGGCGGAUCAGCAAAAGUUGUCAUUCAAGAAUUCCCCAGAGAAUAGAGGAAAGUGGUGUAAUGUUGGAGUCUGGAAAUACACCCGUCAUCCAAACUAUUUUGGUGAGAUUUUGCUUUGGUGGGGAAUCUUUGUUGCUUCCACCCCUGUCCUGGAAGGUGCAGAAUGGCUUGUAAUCCUUGGACCAAUCUUCCUCACAUUGUUGCUUCUUUUUGUCAGUGGCAUACCAUUGCUUGAGGAAUCAGCAGAUAAGAAGUUUGGCAAUGUGGCUGGAUACAGGCUCUAUAAAAGCACAACUAGCCCUCUUGUUCCACUCCCCCCAGUGGUGUAUGGGAACUUGCCCUCAUGGUUCAAAACAACAUUCCUCCUUGAGUUUCCUUUCUACAGUCGAAAUCUUCCUCAAGAAGGACAAAACUGUAUCUCAAGGCAUUUACCUGAGCAUAUCACAGAACUUGCCGUAUCUGCUCUGCAUGUGUUCUAUUAUCCUGGUGACAAUGAACAGCAGAGGAAAUUUUGGAUUCACAAUUUUUUUCCUAUGCCCAGUGUUUCUCUGGAGCCAGAAUAUUUCUUAGAAAUUAUUUCCUUUUUCCUUUUACCACUUCUCUUAAAAGCACAUGAGAUUCCCAUCCUUAUCUGUAAUAUGUCUCUAUCAAUGAGUUCUUGCAAGUAUGGAGAAGUGGGUUCAGGCAGAAUAUUUUAUCCAAAACCCUGGUCUGAGUUGGUUCUAUUCAUUCUAAAUAGUCAUAACACUGCGAGAAAAACUCCACCUCCAACUACUCUACCUAAUGAGAGGGAGAAGCUGUUGGUUUGAAAUUGAGUCGAAGUCGUUUGAAGUCUUGGUAGAGGAAGUCCGAGGGAAGUUAAAAGGUAUCAUCUUGGAGAGAAGUAGAGGCUUCUCCUCUUGGAUUCGGUUCGGGGAGUUGAGUCUAAGGAACCUGUUGGAAGGAAUCGAAGAAUGUUGUAGGGAGGAGAAGGAAGGAAGAUUGGUAAAAGUUUUGGAGGAUGAGGGGAGAAAGUUUAGGUUGGAUAGGUGUGUUAACAGGGCGGGGAGGUUCGUCCUGUGUUCUGUUGUCGACUUGGAGUCAAAGAGAUUUUGCUUAGUGUUCCCUGAAGGAAAGGGGGUUGGGCCACUUUGGCUGAGAAACUCUGGGCCCUUGGGGUGGUUACUCGAGCUGAAGCAAAGACUGAAGCGGUGUCUGUAGUUGGCAAGGCUAAGAAGAGCCUUGGUAAACGGUGGAGUGUGAGAAGAAGGCGUUUAUGGAUGUUGCCAGAGAGUCGGCUGGAAGGAUAGGAGAUGCGUUUUGGCUACAGCUUGAAGGUAGAGAGUUGAGGGGUAGGGAGGACUUGCUGGGUCGUUGCUUAGUUGGUAGGUGGGGUGAUGGCCCGAUGUUGGAGUUGGAUCUGGCCUCGCUAAGGAGAUGAGGGGAGCGCCUUUGGAAUCUUAAGAGGGGAGUGAGAUUCUCGAAGCUGGGAGGAGCAUUUUUUAUGCUGGAGUUUGAAGAUGGGGAGGAGGCAGAGAGAGUGUUAAAGAGGAGGGUGUGUCACUACAAGGAAACUUGCUGCAUUUGGAGAGGUAGAGUGCGGAGGCAGCGGGUUGCUUGCGCUUAGGUAGUCUAGCCAAAGAAGUUUGGGUGAGGGUGGCAGGUCUCCCGCUUCACUGUUGGAGUGGGGAGGUGUUCAAAAAAAUUGGUGACUGCUGUGGAGGCUUCGUUGAAGUGGAUGAUGAAACAAAGAGGUUUUCUCAGCUCUAAUGAACUAGAAUUUUGGUGAAGUCGGGGGGAAAAGAUCUUCCGGGAACGUUGCAUCUGGUAGUGAACUCUUCUUGUUAUACAGUCCAAUUAUAGUGGGAGGUGCUGCCAUGGGUAUUUGUAGUGGUGCCGAUGAAUAGGUUGAGAGGGAGUGAGGGGGAAAAGGUUAGGGAAGUGGGUUCACGUGCGGGGAGUAGUGUGGGUUUGGUGAAGGAUUAUUGGCAUGUUGUAGGGGAUGGUGGGUCUUGCACAGUCAAAGAGGUCAGGGGUGAAGAGAAAGGCGAUGGAGACGGGUCUGCAAAAAUCUCUGACGGUGUUACAGGCUUUGGGGACGGUAGAUGAGAGAAAGAGGGUACAUGGGUGCGCUGAAGAGCUAAUAGAGGGUUUGUAGUUGUUAAUGGAUGCGGGCCUGUUAGGAUGGAUGCUUGGGCCCAAGAGGAUGCAGGCCUGUCAAGGAAAAAUGAAGGCCCUUCAAAAAUUUUAAAUUGUGGGUUGGGUCGUGCUAUAAAGGAAGAUGAGGGGUGUGGGCCUAGAUCCGUUUGGGAGGUGGGGCAGUCCAGUGGGGUAGCAGAGAAGGAUUCGGUUCCGGACCGAGUCUUUUUGGGCGAGUAUUUAAAAGAGGGUAGGGCAUUGGGAAGUCGCCUGUUCUCCUAGAGGUGGAAUGCCAAAGAAGAAAUGGUCGGUGGAAAGGGGCUUGUAGAGGCAGAAGGGGCUCUCACUAGGUUUUCUUCAGCUCACGCGUGUCUUAUGGAGAAAGCUUCUAGGUACUCCAUCCUUUCGCCUUCUUUUUUUUGCAUUUGCAGGGGACAGAACUCUUCUUCUUCUCCUUUCUUUGGGGUGGAAAGGCCUUUGAUCAAGGUAGGGGAGGGCCAAGGUGCAAUCGUCAAGUUGAAGGAAAGCAAAAAGGAGCUGUCUGUGAACCCUCUUUGGGUGUUAUUGGUGGAAGAAAGGGAUUUUGAGAAGGGUGAUGGUGGGUCUAUCCCGAAGAGGGAGGUGGGUGAUGGAGUGGUAGAGGAAGAGGGAAAGGAUGUGGAAUCGUGGAGGUGCAGUUGCUUGGCGAAAUUUUGUCACUGUUUGGGAAUGCCCACUAAGGGAUUCGAAGGGGAGAUUCUGAAGCUUCUUAAAAAAAUGAAGGAGAAAAGAGAACGAUUUGAGAAGGUGAUCGGAAAAAAAGAGGAAAGGAUAGAGACCCUCUAGAUUCGACCGAGAGCUAAAGAAACUAGAAUGUUCUGUGAAUUACGAUGGGUCAGGAGGGGAUCGGGGCCAAUCAAAGUGUUUUAGACGAAAUUUCAAAUCCUUUCGUGGAAUGUAAGGGUGGCAAAUGAUAGAGAUAAGAGAAAAUUGAUAAAGGAUAUUAUUAAAGCUCAAAAAGUGGAUUUAGUGUGCCUGUAGGAAACAAAAAUUCAGGAGAUGACUAGUGGGAUUGUGAGAAAUCUCAGGGUGGGAAGAUGUUUGGAGUGGGGGGUUAUGAAUUCAAGGGGUGCAGCAGGGGUGGAGGUGGGGAAGGAGAGGGGAGUGGGGAGGGGUGUUGUGGUGCUCUGGGACAAUAGGGUGUUAUAGUUGGUGGAGAUGGAGGUGGGCAACUUCUCAGUCUCUUGUUGCAUCAAGAAUUGCGAUGACGGUUUUUGCUGGAGUUUCAUAAGGGUUUGUGGACCCACGUUGAAGUUGGAAAGAGAAGAUUUUUGGAGUGAACUAGGGGAUGUUAGAGGAUUGUGGAGCGAUCCUUGGUGCAUGGCAGGAGAUUUUAACAUGAUUAAAUUCCCUUUUAAGAAUAGUAGAGGAGGCCGAUUGUCUUCGACAAUGAGGAGAUUCUUAGAGGUGAUUAAGGACUUAGAACUAAGGGAUCUGCCCCUUCAGGGGGGUCUUUUCACUUGGAGUGGAGGCUUAAAUAAUCGGUUAAAGUCGAGAAUUGAUCGGUUUUCUCAUCUCUGAAGAGUGAGAAGUUCAUUUUCCGAGGGCCAUUAAAGUUGCUUUGGCUAGGCCGGUUUCAAAUCACUUUUUGAUUCUUCUAGAUAGGGGAGGAAUGAGAAGAGGGCCCACUCCCUUUAGAUUUGAAAACAUGUGGCUGAAGGAGGAGGGCUUUAAGGUGGUGCUGAGAAAGUGGUGGGAGGGGAUUUCGGUUGCUUUGUGUGGAGUUUGAAUGCAACCUUUCUAGUGUUGAUCCCAAAGAAAAGGGGGGUUGAGGACUUGAAGGAUUUUAGGCCAAUUAGCUUGGUGGGAGGGCUGUACAAGUGGCUAACCAAGGUGUUGGCUAAUAGGCUGAAGGGGGUGUUAGCUAAGGUGAUCUCAACGACCCAAAAUGCGUUUGUGAAGGGGCAGCAGAUUAUGGAUGCAGUGCUUAUUGUUAAUGAAGCAAUAGACUUGAUCUUGAAAAGCAAUAGAGAGACGGUUCUUUGCAAAUUGGACAUUGAGAAAGCCUAUGAUCAUGUGGAGUGGUUUUUUUUUUUUUGUCAGUUUUGGAGAAGAUGGGGUUCGAGGAAAAGUGGCGUAGCUAGAUUAAAUGGUGUUUUUCCACAGCUAGGUUUUCUAUUUUGGUUAAUGGAAUCCCUAUUGGGUUUUUUCAGAGCUCAAAGGGUUUAAAGCAAGGAGACCCCAUUUAGCCUUAUUUGUUCGUGAUAGCGAUGGAGACAUUUAGCUGUCUAUUAAAGAGAGAAGUUUCUGGAUGCUUUUUAUCGCCUUGUUCGGUUCGGGGAAGAGAGGGUGAAGGGGUCUAAGUCUUUCACUUGCUGUUUGCUGACGAUACAUUGAUUUUUUGUGAGGUGAGGGAGGAGCAGAUGAUGUUUUUGUGUUGGCUAUUAAUGUGGUUUGAGGCAAUUUUGGGGUUGAGAGUAAAUUUGGAUAAAAGUGAGUUGAUUCCAGUUGGUAGGGUAGAGAAUGUGGAAGAGUUGGUUGAAGAGCUUGGUUGUAAGGUAGGGAGACUAUUGUCCACUUACUUAAGGAUGCCAUUGGGUGCUCUUUUUAAAUCUACAACCGCAUUGGGUGCUCUUUUUAAAUCUACAACCGCUUCGGAUAGAAUUGAAGAGACUCUGCAAGAGAUUGGCUAUGUGGAAACAACAAUAUAUUUCUUAGGGAGGGAAGAUCACCUUGAUUCGUAGUACUUUGUCUAGCCUGCUAAUCUAUUUCAUGUCUAUUCUCCAGUUGCCUAGGGCUAUUAGAAUGAGAUUGGAGCAGAUUCAAAGGGAUUUUCUAUGGCGUGGCGGGGCUCUUGAGCGAAGACCUCAUUUAAUAAGGUGGAUGAUCAUUUGUUUAGAUAAAAGGAAAGGAAGGUUGGGGUUUAAGAGUCUUGCGACACUCAAUAGGGCUCUCCUUGGCAAAUGGAGUUGGCGUUUUGCAAAUGAAAGAAAGACCCUUUGGAACCAAGUGAUUAGAGGGAAAUAUGGGGAGGAAAGAGGCGGGUGGAGCACUUGUGAGGCUAGGAAGGCUUAUGGAGUUGGGUUGUGGAAAGCAAUUAGAAAGUUGGGGCAUCUAGUGACCCAUAGAUUUGACUUUGUGGUGGGUGAUGGAAGGAAGGUGAGCUUUUGGAAAGAUAAGUGGUGUAGAACUACUCCUUUGUGUGAGUCAUUCCCCUCUUUAUUUGCCCUAACAACUUCUAAAGAGGCUUGGGUGAAUGAAGUUUGGACAACUUUUGGGAAAAGGGGAGGAAGUUGGAGCCCUUGCUUCUCUAGGCCUUUCAAUGAUUGGGAAAUGAAAGAGGUGGAAAGGUUGUUUUGUUGUUUGGGUGGGAAGAAGGUAAAUGUGGAUGAGGAGGAUAGGGUGAGGUGGUUGGACUCAAAGGAUGUCUUGUUCUUGGUUAAGUCCUUUUAUAGAGCCUUGUAGUCGGACUCUCUAGUUUCUUUCCCUUCGAAGAUUAUAUGGAAUUCUUGUGUGCAGCCUAAAUUAAGUUUCUUUGCUUGGUAGGCUUCAUGGGGAAAAGUCCUAACCUUGGACCGAAUUCAGAAGAGAGGUUGGGCUUUAGCUAAUGGAUGUUUUUUUUUUGCCAAACGUUUGAGGAGUCUAUUGAUCAUCUCCUUCUCCAUUGUGAAAAGACAAGGGAAGUGUGGAUGUUGCUCUUUUCAUCAUUUGGAGUGUCUUGGGUGUUUCCCUCUUCAGUAAAGGAAACCCUCUUAGGGUGGAGGGGGUCCUUUGUGGGUAAAAAGCGUAAGGUUGUGUGGCAAGUAGGUCCGUUAUGUUUGUUUUGGUCUGUUUGGAAGGCAAGGAAUAGAAUUGCCUUUGAAGAUAGUGUGUUGUCCAUCCAAAAGCUGAAAGCUUCUUUUGUGUAUUUACUGUUGUUGGAGACCAAAUUAUUUAUAAAAGGUGGUCUUUUGACCUUAAUAGAUUUUAUUGAUUGGGUGGGUUCUCAGUGAGGGAGAAGGUUUUUUUGUUUUCUUGUUGUUUUGGGUUCGCUGUAAGGGGGUGAGUGUCUCUAUACUGUACAUCUUUGAGUUGCUAUUUUAGCACCUCUUCGUAAUACAAUUCUUUUGGUUAUUUAUCAACAAAAAAAAAAAAAAAAAUCCUCUAUCAAUGUGAUGUUCUUAGCUUUGAUAUGUGGACAUGGGUUCUCCCUCGGCCAUCAGUAGGGAUUUCCCUUGACUUUUCAACUCAAUGAUGAUCUGCUGGCUUUUGUACGGAAAGCAUCUCUUAGCUUUCACACUGGCAUAUGCUAGAUGCUUGCUUUGUGAAGUGAACACUACAUCGGGUAGUUAAUUUGUUUCUGUUGGCAAAAGAAGUAGGAAAACUGUUAGGCCAAAAUUUUGAACUGAUAGUAAAGUUGCCAGUACUAUUAAAUUCCCCCUUCCACCCUUUAAUGGUCUCGCAUGAACCAUCCUUGAAGCCAUAUUCUCAUCUGGUCCUUGGCAUCUGUUCCUUUUAGUUUCCAAUUGUCCUUCAUUUCAAUAUUAUCAUGCCUGAUGAAGUUGGUUAGUAGAGGCAAAAUGCAUCAAAUUGAUAGUCAGGAAUAGAACAAAUGUAAAUGCAUAAUACUAGUUUAUGAUAUGCAAAGCUGCAUUUCAUGGAUGGUAUCGAUUCAUUGUUUUUUAAGACAUUCAACAAUUUGUGCAAGGUAUAGAACAGACAGGAAACAAAGCAGCAGCGGAGUGAAGAUGGGCUAGCAGCUGUUGAACCUUCUGAUUCCGAAAU